AUGAAAACCCUUCAAAGUUUCUUAAGUGCAGACGUCAAACACUCAGUUCGUCUGGCUAAAACUUUCAUGCAUAAUCUUUUUUUUCUGUUCACACACUCCCUUCCUUCUCUCUUUCCUGUCCUCUCUCUCUCUCUCUUUCUCUCUCUCUCUCUCUCCCCCUAUCUAAUUUGCUCUCACACGCUCUCUACUCUUGUUUCUGUCCGUUCACUCUCUCUUCUCUUUAAUAUAUUCUCCCACACUCUCCACUCUCGUUUCUGUUCUCGCACUCUCUCUCUCUCCUCUCGUUUCCACUCUCUUUUCUCUUUAAUUUGCACUCCCACACUCUCUAAUCCCGCUUCUGUUUCCCUUUUCUCUCUCUUUUUUAAUUUACUCUCCCCACACUCUCUACUUUUGUUUCUUUUCUUUCACUCUCUCCUCUUUAACUUGCUCUCUCACACUAUCACCUCUCGUUUCUGUGCUCCCACUCUCCUCUUGUUUCUACUCUCUCUCUCUAUUUCCUUUUUAAUCUUCUCUUUAAUCUGCUCUCCCUCAAUCUCCUCUCUCAUUUCUUCUCUCUUCUCUCUAAUUUGCUCUCCCACACGCUCCCCUCUCAUUUCUGUACACUCAUAUUGUCUCCUCUCGUUUCUGUACUCACACACUCUCCCCUCUUGUUUCUGUCUCCCUCACUCUCUCUUCUCGUUUCCUCUCUUUCCUUUAAUAUAUUCUCCCACUCUCUCUUCACUCGUUUCUGUCUUCUCACCGUUUUCCCCCUCUCGUUUCAACUCUCGUUCUCUUUUCUCUUUAAUUUGCUCUCUCACACUCUCUACUCUCGCUCUCUUCUCGUUUUUACUCUUUCUCAUUAAUUUGCUCCCCAACUCUUUCUUUCUGCUCUCCUUAUCUCAUUUGCAUUCCUACUUUCUCUCCCUUUUUUUUUUAUUCUCUUAUUCUCUAACUUGCAAUUCCCACCCUCUCUUUUCUGUUCUCCCAUUCUUUUCACACUCUCUUUUCUCCUCUCCUUUCUCAUUUGCACUAUUUUUUAAUUUCCCCUCCCACUCUCUCUUCAAACUUGUUUUCUCACUUUCUCCUCUCUUUACUCCUCUCAUUCGUUUUCUUCUUUCUUUCUUUCUUUCUUUCUUUCUUUCUUUCUUUGCACACCUCUCUCUUUUUUUUUAUUCUCCUCACACUCUCCUUUCCUCUAUUGGCUCUCCUAUUCUAACUAACUUUUCUCUUUUCCAACUUUAUCUUCAAAUUGUUGACAGCUGUCUUGUCUCUGGCGAUGCCAGACUGUCUGCUUGCUUGGAUCAGUCAAGUGACGGCCGGUCUCUGUCUUUGCUUAUCUUCCUACCAAUGAAUUUUGAGUUUUCAGUUGCGCUGAAAUUCGUAAACGGUAAAGAGCUCUUUUUCUCUUUCUCUCUCUCUGUUUUUUUUUUUUUUUUCUCCUUUCUAUCCGUCAUUCUCGCCUGCCGUCGAAAAUAUUGCGCCGCGUGUGACGCGAGCUUUAAAACAUUUCAAUAUCUAUCUAUUUAUCUCAGCGUCUUCAUAUCUAUCUAUCUAUCUAUCUAUCUAUCUAUCUAUCUAUCUAUCUAUCUAUCUAAAGUCUUCUCAAUUCUAUCUAUCUAUCUAUCUAUCUAUCUAUCUAUCUAUCUAUCUAUCUAUCUAUCUAUCUAUCUCAGCGUCUUCAAUUCUAUCUAUAUGAUGUGA